UUGUUUUGUGCUAAGCCACAGGUAGAGACGAUGGCGAGUGAGUGUAUGCUAGUCCAAACCCUCACCUAUUUCUCAGCAGCCCCCAACCUGGCAUCUUUUCCAUCACACUUAGAGUCAGACAAGACAGACACUAGUCGAUCGGGCAUCCCCCUGAAAGGCCGCAUGUUGGGUGUAUGUUUCAGUCUUUUCUUUCCCUCCCAGGGAGAAGCCAGGAGCUGAGAAUUUUCUCCAGUUGCACUGGGCUAAGCCAGGGCAUAGGGGAGGGACUGUGUUGAAUGAGUACCAUGAAUUUUUCUUCCAGCUGCAGUGCAGCUGGCUUUGUGCUCACCUGAGGUUCAGGAGCCUCUUAGCUGGUUUCUGGAUUUCUCAUAAAGGGAAUUGGUCGGUGUAUUGUUGGGUAGUUUGUGUCUCCGUGGGAGAAGGAGAGUGUGGGACUUCCUGUUCCACCAUCUUGCUGACGUCACCACCUUCUCAUUGCAUCUUUUUUUAUACAUUUUUGUUUUUAUAAAUUUAUUUUUUUAUUUUAUUUAUUUAUUUGGCUGUGUUGGGUCUUCGUUUCUGUGCGAGGGCUUUCUCUAGUUGUGGCAAGUGGGGGCCACUCUUCAUCGCGGUGCGUGGGCCUCACUAUCGCAGCCUCUCUUAUUGCGGAGCACAAGCCCCAGACGUGCAGGCUCAGUACUUGUGGCUCACGGGCCCAGUUGCUCCGUGGCAUGUGGGAUCCUCCCAGACCAGUGCUCAAACCCGUGUCCCCUGCAUUGGCAGGCAGAUUCUCAACCACUGCGCCACCAGGGAAGCCCUCGUUGCAUCUUGAUAGUUUUUGCCCUUCUCUAGAUUGGGAAACUUUGGGGAAUUAGGGGCCAUACCAUCACCGUAUGCUCAGAUUUUAACACAGGCAGGUGAUUAGAAUGCAAACCAUAUUGUAAGAAUUUUAAGGGAAUGCAAAGGAAAGAAAAUAUUUCUGCUGGAGAGGUUCUGGAAAGACACUGGUUUAGAACAUGUUUGCAGUCACGGGCGGUUCCAGUCUUCACAGUAGUUACUGUUUGGGUGAACUUGGUGCUUGCUCUGUCAAGACGCCACCUAGUGUCUCCUUCACUCAGAGUGACAUCAUUCAGACGCUGCUACAGAGGUGACAGCCCGACAGAUUCCCAGAAGGACAUGAUUGAAAUCCCUUUGCCUCCAUGGCAGGAGCGAACUGAUGAAUCCAUAGAAACCAAAAGGGCCCGGCUGCUCUAUGAGAGCAGGAAGAGGGGGAUGCUGGAAAACUGCAUCCUUCUCAGCCUCUUCGCUAAGGCACAUCUGCACAACAUGACAGAGAAACAACUGAACCUCUACGAUCGCCUGAUUAAUGAACCCAGUAAUGACUGGGAUAUUUACUACUGGGCUACAGAGGCAAAGCCAGCCCCAGAAAUAUUUGAAAACGAAGUCAUGGCCCUGCUGAGAGACUUUGCUAAGAACAAAAACAGAGAGCAGCGACUGCGGGCCCCAGAUCUCGAAUACCUCUUUGAAAAGCCACAUUGAGCUGAGGGCCACUGCCUGCCUGGCCUCGGUCUGCGGAUGCUCACUGCUUAUGAUGGGUAUUGGCCUUGAUGUCCUGCUUCUCCUUAGACGCUCAGCCCACCCAGACCAUUGGUCCUGCCUCCAGUGAUGGACCCGCCUCUCUCCUGAGGACAUGUAAAUGUUCAGUGUAUCUCAUUCUAAGACCUUGUGGUUCCGUUCUAAGCCUCAGAGCGGUUUGUCUAAGUUACCGGUGUUCGGGCCCAACUUUUCUCUGGCUCCACAGGAGGGCACUGUAGGGGAAGCGAUUGUGCCAGCUCGUUGCUUCAGCCAGAAGUGAACUCAGUGCAGAGGGGCAGCCAGCUCUUCGUGCUGUGUGGAAAGCUCCCCGCGUGACCCAGGGCUUUGUUCCAGUGAAAUUCCCCCUUCCAACCUGGGAUGGUUCUUUCUGCCAAGGGAAGCUGAUCCAGGCCCCCUGAGCGGAAUCCUUCAAAGGCCCAGCAGGCAGAUGAGGGCAGUGGGCAGGAAUGGUGUGGGCACGCAUCCUCAUCCAAUUUUCUCUAAAAUGCUCACUUUGUAAAUUGAACGAUAAUUGAAUAUUAAAGAGUAUUUUAAAAAGGAAAAUCACAA